GCUUGUACACACUUAGCACAGCUAUAUACCCACACAGUGACACACUACACACAACACAGAGUAUACAAACACCCCGAGGAGAAAUAUUGCUAAGUUUUAUGUACAGACUAAUGACCCUUCACUAAUCACAAAAACUUUCACAGGUAGACACAGAAUUAUGCCAGCAUAAAGUCACACCCACCUUACCUGGACAUACUACGCAACUUCUUAACAGAACAAACCCUAACAUUAGUGCACUUAUACGUACACAGUUAGUUGUGUUGCUUCUUUUAUACAAAACCAUAUGGGGACAGAAGAGGAUUUACUGAAAAUGUGCAGGAGGCUGGAGAAGCGGAUCAGCGAGCAAAGCACGGAUCGCAUUCUGGAUCUGUUAAAGGAACUGCAGAGAUUUCAAAUGACUGUCUCCCUCCUGAGGAGCACUAGGAUUGGAGUGACUGUGAAUAAGUUAAAGAAGAAAAGCAAGGAUCGAGAGAUUGGAGAACUUGCCAAAGUCAUCAUAAGGGAUUGGAAAAUACUGCUGGAAUCCUCAUACAAGAACAAUGGAGCUUCAGCUGGGGCAGUUAUGCAUUCUCCCACCAAGGCUGAACCUGAAAAAAAGCAGAAAGAAGAAAAGAAGUUACAUUUGAAAAGGCUCCCCUCUGCUACACAUAAGAAUGUACACACUGAGAAAGGAAGUGACUGCCCUGAAAGUGAUUCUCCAACUCAGAACCAACAAAAGACUUCCAAGGACUCAAAGCUGAAACGAAGCCAUUCAGCUGAUGUUCAGUCUUCAUCCCAUAUUUCUAAAAAGCUAGAAAGACGACUCUCUUUAAACACUUCACUGCCAUCAUCAUCUGGUUCUAAAACUGUCAGUAGCAACAAAGAGGAAAGGAGAAAAUCCAUAUCUUCACCAACUUCGUCAGGUCGUAAUGGAUCCAGCACACCUUCUACAAACAGCAAAGAGAGACAUUCCAUGUCUUCUCCAACUUCGUCAGGUCGCAAUGGAUCCAGCACACCUUCUACAAACAGCAAAGAGAGACAUUCCAUGUCUUCCCCAACUUCGUCAGGUCGCAAUGGAUCUAGCAAGCCUUCUACAAACAACAAAGAGGAAAGACCCAGUGCUCCAUUGUCAUGCUCCCCCACUUGUAGUAGUCCUCCUUCAUCUGCUCUUCUAUCAACCUGUUAUGUGACAGGUGAUUCUGUGAGAGACAAGUGUGUAGAGAUGAUAGCAUCUGCCCUGAAAACUGAUGACGACUAUAAAACUUUUGAUGUAAACUGUGAGAAAAUUGCAUGGGAAAUAGAAGAAUGCAUAUACAAAGAAAUGAAAGCCACAGAUAUGAAGUACAGAAACAGGAUCAGGAGUAGAAUUAGUAACCUGAAGGAUCCAAAGAAUCCCAGUCUUAGACGUAACGUACUGAGUGGAAUGGUAUCUCCACAGAACAUGGCAACAAUGACAGCUGAGGAAAUGGCAAGCGAUGAACUGAAGGAACUUAGGAACACACUGACAAAAGAAGCUAUCAGAGAACAUCAGAUGGCAAAGACAGGAGGCACUCAGACAGACUUACUGCAAUGUGAAAAAUGUAAGAAGAAGAACUGCACCUACAACCAGGUGCAGACACGCAGUGCAGAUGAGCCAAUGACAACUUUUGUGUUAUGCAAUGAAUGUGGACAUCGUUGGAAGUUCUGCUGAUCGAGGGCUCCCAGUGACAUGAAUGGUCUUCCCUGCUCUGUAAAUAUCCCAGGAUCAACACUGUUUGCUUCAAGCUUGUCCUUCUCUCACACUUUAAUCCUUAUAUUUACCCAUCAAGUCUAUUGCCUAUGUUUUAUAGCUUUUUUUUUUAUAGAGAAGAGUGACAUAACAUUUGUAGAGAUGUCAUUUUAUGGGAAUGGUGACAUGUGAUGUGGUACAGCUGCUGUCACAGAUAUCAAUUGAUUGAUUUUUUUGUAUCCCUAUGUAUAUUCCAAAUGUGUUCUUACCCUUCAAGACGUAAUGGCGAGUUCACCUGGGGAAUAGUCGGGCCGAUUUUCAGGAAAGAACGUUGGUACAAACACCCGUUCCCAAUAAUCGGCCCUUGUAAAUGUGUCACUGAUCAAUUAAUGAAUGAACCAAAUACCCAUUCAUCGGGUGAAAUGGACAGUUAUGCAGACACCUAAAUCAUCUGUAUGGCAUCUAAAUAAAUCUGUAUGAGGAUGAGAGAUGGCAGCAGCCAUCGCUCGUCCCCGUGCAGUGGAGGAGAAUGCUGCCUGUAUGUAAAUGUAACUCUCAACUCCUCUGAUGAGCAGGCAGUUAUUGGGAAGGAACGGACUCUUCCCAAUAAUUGCCUGCUCAGUCAGCACGUGUAAAUGAGCCUUUACUUUUGCAUACACUGAAAAGGAGCCUUUUAUCUUCAUCUGCGUCUAUAGGCACAGUAAUCAGUGCAACCAUUAAUUGCUUCACACCAUAGGAAAUAAAGAUUGGAUACAGAAUCUUGAAUUUCUUUUAACCCCUUAAGGACCGUGCCAUAUUUCACCUUAAGGACCAGGCCAU